CAAUCCGUGUAAUGCAUAUCAGGGCAGGUCCCAUAGCGCUCGUCAUUCCAUCGUCCAUCAUGAAGUUUUUGGUUGUUGUUCCUCUUCUUCUGGCCUUCGGGGACCUUGCCUAUGGUAUAGUAUGUAUGCCCGAGAUGUGCAAAAAUGUGGAGCCUCUGGACGCCACACAGUGUAAGGGUGGGGUGAUCACAAGAGGUGGUUACUGCGGUUGUAAUGAUGCCUGUGCUAAGGUUGAAGGUGAGACUUGUCAGGCGCCAAACGGUUUCCUUGGUCCGAGUAUGAACUUGGGCCGCUGUGACAACGGACUGGAGUGCGUUCAACAGGCAAAUGCCAUGCGCGGUGUUGGAAAGUGCACCAUGUUACUUUUGAGCAAGCGCGAGGGAGAGCUGACAAAAUGCCAGCAAGAGUACAGAAUUCGUCAGAUAUCCAUGGUGAUAUGGCAAGGAAUGAGAAUUCCAAAAUGUGACAAGGACGGACUUUACGAGACAGAGCAGUGCAAUAAUCUCAACGAAUGCUACUGCGUGGACAAAGUCAACGGUGUGGAGAUCGAGGGAACAAAAGCCCUUGGUGCCGCAAAAUGUUGAGCAAAACUUCCACCAGCAAUCGUUUGACUUACUGUAAAAUCUAAGAAACAGGAAUAUUGAUAAAUAAUUACGAUAAACCCAUGAACCUUUGCGUCUUUGCUCUAAAGAAAUUCACCAAUGUAUCACAGCAAACACCCACACACAUAUACACUUGAAACCGACCCAAUGCAUUAUACUGAUACAAUGGCGGAUACAGGAAGCACAACAGCCCACGUGACCUCCGCCUUUAAUGUCCACGAAAAUCUUUUCGUAGAACUUUUCAGAGAACCAUCUCCAUCUAAUUUAUUGUAACAUGUAUUUGAGUGCAAAAAUCUCAUUUGUAUUGUCUUUAUGACUACAAUUAAAAUAUGCUUUGAUAACACACAGAAAAUACGUAAUUUAUAACACAAUGAUUUCUUAUAUCCCUUAUAUAACGCUGAAAUAUCCGUACUACGUAUGACAGACAUUGGCAGAGAUAAGACCCUCGAAUAUGAAAUAAAACAUAUAUAAGUAUACUGCA